CGUUUUGGUGCCGAAAUUUUCAGACAAUUCAUAACAGAGUUAUAAGCGCCCCACCCAGUUACGGCCCUGUGGGCCUGGCAGAUGGGUAUUGCUCUCGAGUCAGGUGCGUACCAACUCCAACCCCCUUACUGUUCUGGAGCUUCAAUAACGCCAUCCGCUAGGACGAAGCUUAGGCCUUUAGUCCUGCCUAAUCUCAAGACCAUCCACCACCUCCACCUACGCUCGGGGAUAACCGGCGAGAUUCACCAUCGAUCGUGGGCCAGCAGGUCCCACCCACCAAUUGCAGCUAAAAAGAAGAAGAUGGAAGACCUGAAGAUGUGGCAGUGUAGGCAUUGCGAGAUGAUAGGUCCAGCACAACUUCACAUGUUUCACGAUACCUAUUGUGGAGAGAUGUCAAAUAGGUCAAAAAACCAUCAAGUUGUGUCGGAUUCGACAAGGAAGAAAUAUAUACAAGGAGGUUGGGUAGAGAAAAGGGAAAAAUGUAUAGAGAUAUUAAAAAUCUCAUUUGCUAAGGAGGAAAUGGCACAAAAAGAGGACCGAGGAACUGUUGAAAAGUUAAACGUUAUACCAAACAGGGAGGGGGGGAGGUUAUGACAGAGUUAUAAGCGCCCCACUCGGUUGCGGCCCUGUGGGCCUGGGAGAUGGAGUGGAGAAAGACACCCCAGUCUUUAUUACCGCGAUCUUACCCCGAAGACGGUUAGUAAUUCGUAGUCGUCGUCUUGUAUUGCGCUCAAGUCUGGUGCGUACAAACUCCAACCCCCUUGCUGUUUUCGAGCUCCAACAACACCAUCCGCUAGGACGAAGCUUAGCCCUCCAGACCUGCCUAAUCUCAAGACCAUCCACCACCUCCACCUGCUUUUGGGGAUAACCGGCGAAAUUCACCAUCGAUCUUGGGCCAGCAGGUCCCACCCAUCAAUUGUCCCUCACAAAUGAUAUUGGAUUGGACUCUAAGCGAACAGUAAUUAUAAGAGGAUCAAGU